AUGGGGAGAAAGAAGAUAGAAAUAGAAACGAUCAAUGACCCAAAGAAGAGAAUAGUAACUUUUUCGAAAAGAAGAGGCGGUAUCGAGAGCAAAGCUGCUGAACUAUGCAAGUUAUUUCCAGAUAUCAUUGUCGGCAUAAUCGUAUUCUCUCCUGGUGGAAAGGCUUUCACCUUUAGCAAUUCUCCUCUAGGUGUCUGUAAUAUGGUUGAACGGUUCCUGAAAGAAGAAACCAAAGAUAAGAAACAAGAAGAUGGGAAUGCCCACGAAGCUAAGAAUUCAACUUAUGUUCAGGAAUGCACAAACAAGGCUGGUGCUGGAAGCCGGAGUGAUAGAUAUUGGUGGGAUAAUAUAGACAUGGAAGAACUCGAUUCUGUGGAAAAGUUAAAGUCUCUCGGAGAAUCUUUGGAAAAUUUGAAACAAAAUCUGUCUGCAAGAAAAGAGAAACUUACUGCAGCAGCAUUGUCAACAUCGUCUUCAACAAUUGAAGACACAAUCAUAGAAGACAGAAUUGUGGAAGAUGCCGCAACAAGUAUUACUGAGAAGCAUGAGGCUGGGAAGAUAUAUUGCAAAGAGCAUCCUAAUCUUGAUCUUAGUCUUAAUCUUGGGUGGUAG